CAGUGAAUGUCGAACGUCAGAUUCGACUGUAACAACGCAAGUCUGAUGCCCUCAAAUUAUUAUUGUUAAACAUAAAAAAAUGAGUAAAUAUUGCAAAAUAAAUGAUAAAAUCACUUCAACUACUUAGGAUGCCAGCAUUUUAUUAAUAAAUCAGUCUCAUCAGAUCAUUUAACCUGUUAGUGUCAUUUCUAAUAUAAAACUCAUUAAGUUGCAUUAGUGAGCUACUUUCCUACAUCGCUUGUCCGUCAAUGUGAUCAGGUAACCAUGAGGUCAUUUUUAAUAACAUUAAGCAUCAUUUUCCUAACAAAAUCGUACAAUUUAUCUGAGAGUGCAACCUCAGAAUGUACGCUUACUGGUAAUUCGCUGGAAAAUUUAACUUCAAUAUUGGCCACAUGCAAAGAUAUUUUGGUAGCAAAUCUUCAAGUUCCUGCUGGGGAAAAGCUUGCUUUAUACCCUCAAAAUGAUUCGAUUAUAACUUUUGAGGGAAAAAUUACGUUCGGAUACAAAGAGAUGAGUGGUUUUCUAAUAAGUAUUCAAGGGAACAAUAUCACAGUUGUUGGAGCUCCGGGACAUUUAGUUGAUGGCGGCGGACCUAGAUGGUGGGAUGGCCUCGGUGGUAAUGGUGGGAAACGUAAGCCGAACUUCAUUCAAUUUCGGCUUACAAACUCUAUUGUCAAAGGGUUGAAGGUAAAGAAUAGCCCCAAAAGUGGUUUCUCGAUAACAUACAGUAAAAAUGUGAUCCUAACUGAUAUCACAUAUGACGAUUCAGAUGGCGAUAUACUAGGAGGUCACAAUACAGAUGCUUUCGAUACAUCCAAUUCAGAGAACGUAACAAUUACGGAUUGCGUCGUCUUUAAUCAGGACGAUUGUCUAGCCAUAAAUUCGGGAUAUGGCCAUGUCUUUACAAAUAAUUAUUGCUAUGGUGGUCACGGAAUAUCUAUUGGCUCUGUCGGAGGACGUAGUAACAAUGUGGUUGAAAACAUCCUUAUAAAAAAUAACACAGUUGUAAAUUCUCAAAAUGGAGUUCGUAUAAAAACUAAUUACAACACCACAGGCAUUAUUACAAAUGUUACUUAUGAAGAUAUCACCAUUGAAAAUAUUACCGAUUACGGUUUUCUUAUUCGUGGUGAUUAUCUGAACGGUGGACCGACUGGAAAGCCUACACGUGGUUUCGAGUUAUCUCAUUUAACCUUUCGAAAUAUUCGUGGUACAGUCCAAAGCGGGGGAACUAACGUAUACGUUUUGUUAUCCAAUGGGGUAGCUUCAAACUGGACAGUGGAAAAUAUUAAAAUUGUUGGUGGACUCAAAAAGGAUGUUCAGUGUUUAGGAAUUCCUAGCGACUGCAGCCUUUCCUGUCAAGACCAUAACGGUGGUCCUUCGCAAUAUCUCUCAUUAUUCUUGUUAAGUACUCUAGUAUUUCUAAUUGUUUUGCGAUAGUGUUUUUUGUUGUAAGUCGAAAAUAUUAAUUUUUCUUCUCAAGUAUUUAUAUCUUUAGUUGUUCUGUGAUGAUGCUUUUCUUGCACAUAUGUAUAUAUAUCAUAAUGGAAAAAUUAAUUGUAGUUUAGUAAGAUAACUACCCGAGUCGAAAGAUAUCUAUUUUAGACCGACUCAAUAACGUCUGAAUUUGUCCUAAAAAACGCCUACUUAGCACCUAAUAUUAGUAAAUUUCAAUAAAUGAAAGUAAAAUAAA